UGUGCUUGGGUUGUUACCAUUUAUAUUUUUCUUUUUGUUGCCUUUUAUAGUCAUGAAAAGACCUUGCUUUUGAUCCUAUUUACAGAUGAUGAAGUGCUAGCUAGUCUGAUCUAUUCUCCUCUUUCUCUUGUCAUGAGAAGAUCACGUAAACCCGAUGGACAAAUCUCAGUACCUGAAAAUCAAGUUUAUGUCAAUGAUAAGUUCUUUAAAAAGAAAAUUGUUAGGAUUGAUUCAUUCGACACCGUAGACCGCAAAAAGAAAAGUAUGGAAGAAAUAGAAGAUCUUAUUGAAUGCAGCCUAUUACAUGUGAUAUUAGUUCCUACCCAAGUCUUCAUGACCAUAGAACAAAGGAUAUUUACAUGGGACCAACAGAGGAAGAAAAGGCGGAGGUAGCUGAGACAGGGAUAAGGUCGGCUCACUCUAUGCUCAUUGUAGGUUUUGGCGAAGAAAACGGGGAAAAAUUUUAUCCAUAACGAUAGCAUGUGCUAGGGCCUUAAGAGGUCACGGACUGGGAUUUCUGAGUCAUUUAGUCAGGGAGGAGCAGUGGUAAAUCCAUCAACAAGUGAUUAUGCCUCAAGGGAAGUUAAUAGUUAGGCAAUAACUAGAGGAAAUGAUCAGAUUCGACGAUAGAGAUGUAGGGAUGGAUAUUCAGGCACUUCUCCCAGAGUUUGGAGAUUUUGGUGAUUUCUUUGAGAAUGAUGCUUUGCCAUUUGGAGAGCCUCCAAGAACUGCACGAGUCUCAGACUCUUAUGUUUCCUGCCUCAGAUAGUGUGGAUGUUGGUAGCAGCCCCUGUCCUGCGAUGAUGGACGUGCAAGAUCAGCUUCUUUUGCCAGUAGUUUUUUCAUCCUUUGAGAGCUUUAAUCAACCACUGCCUCCGGCAAUUCUGGAUGAUUCACUGACCAAGCAUCAGGAAGUUAUUAGAAGUGCUGCAGUUGCUAAUCAAGUAAACAGUACUUCUGCAUCUAUUGCUGGUGAAUUUGAUCACUUAAUUAAAGCUAAAGCUCUCAUGUCAUUCGCUCCAGAGUAUGGAGCAGUUGAAACCCCUACAGGAGAGAACUCCCAUUUGAUUUUCAGGAAUCCGUAUGUUCCGAAGUCCCGGGAAGUGGAGACUGCGAAUUCAAGCUCAAAUAGCUAUGUUUACUCAGCGAACCCACCUUUGUCGCCUUGCUUUGAUGCAUGUGAGGAGAAGUCCGGGCUGACUGUAAACCUCAAAGCAGGUACCGCAAGGCAUGAUACAGGCUCCAUUCUUCAAUCAAAGAAAUACUACACUCACAUUGAAAGUGGGAAAGAGAAAAACGAUGAUAAGUUGUCUGGUUAUGUACGUAGUUGCGCUACGCGUGAGACUCAAGUAGCACAGUCUCCGUUUUCUGGUUUCAAUUCGGCAAAUUCUGUUAAGGCAUCCACAAUAAAACUGAUAAAGCCAAUGAAGGGCUACUAAAAGCGGGCAGCUCCGGUCAAUCAAUCAAACUGUGCUAGCAACAGAAGUUGAAUGCCUUAUGUGCCAGGUAUUUAUGUGUAAGAUACGGCAUACAGUAUUAUCUUCAAGUGGCUGCCUUCCAGUAGGCAUGAACAGGAUGUCGGGGAGUAUUAAUAGAAACCAGUCACAAGGCGAAGCAGUGGUCUCUGGCGACAAUUUGUCAAUCAAAUCUGAGCUGAAGAAGAAAUAAAUAAUACCAGUUAGGAUAGCGGGUGAUAUUGAUGGAGGAUUACUGGAUGGGACCCUUAAUGCACCAGUUGGUGUGUGGCGCUCUGUUGGAGUUUCUAAGGGAAUGAAGCAACCAACAGCUGGUUUAGAAUCUUGCCACUCUGUUCAGCAUAAUUCUUUCAUUGAGGACAGUUGUUAAGAAUUCGUGCCCUAGAUUAUCUUAUUUUCGUCUAACUAUUGCUUAUCAAUGGAACGAGUUGCCUGACAUGUUCCACUGACGUGUUCCAAGGAACUAGUAAAACAUAAAGUAAAGAACUUUUACGUGGAAAACACCUGGCUUAAAAGGUGUAAAAAACCACGACUUGCACCUCUAUUUAACCCCAACUUCACUAAAUAACUCUGUGAAUUAAGUACUUUUGGUUAGCUUACUUCAAGUGAAACUCCUUUACGUAGGACUCCUUUUUCAACUCAACUUGCUUUCCCUUAUCAUCAAGUGUUUGAAUCAAAUUCAACUUGUUCUAUUCCCCAUGUGAUCAGUAUGUUGAAGUUUCCAGUUACAUUGAAUUAACUCAUAUCAACUUGUUUCAUUCAUAUUGUCAUUCAUCAAAACUUCAAGGUUCCAACAACAGUAUGCUAGCUUAUGGGCUAAGGAAACCACUUCAGGAACUCCUAGAUGGGAUGGCUUUACUUGAGCAACAAGCCACAUCUCUUGUUGAUGUUGCCCUAGAUGCCGAUAGCAAUGAUGGUUCUUUUGGUUGGCUUGCACUGCAGGAGCAGUGGAGGCGUGGUUUUCCAUGUAGAUCAUCCAUGGUUCAUGCAGGUUGUGUGGGAGUAUUGGCUUCCUGUCAUUCGCUGGAUAUUGCUGGUGUGGAGCUUAUUGAUCCACUUUCAGCUGAUGUUCAGGCAUCAUUUACCCUCACUCUGCUGCAGAAUGAUAUAAAAGGCAGCUCUGAAAUCUGCUUUCGGUACUAUGGAAGGUCCUUUAUCUGUUGUUGAUUGGUGCAAAGGUCGCAGUCAAUCAGAUGAUGGGGGAAUAUCUGGUGACGGUUUUUCUGCAGAGUCCACUGACAGUGCAAGUGAAUGUCGAGAUUCUUCAAGUACCAUAUCAUUGUCUGUUGGAUAACCUUUAAGUCCAUCUCAGUCCUCUGCUGGUGGAUCAUCUAGUUUGAGAGGUAUGAAUUGAUAUGUCAGAUUAAGCCUAGAUAUUUGCCUAUCAGAGUCGGAGCAUCUACUGGGUUCAAGGCUUAGGCCAACGUUGGCUGUUGCAGUACCGUAUCCGGCUAUACUUCUAGGAUAUGUUUUUUCAUACUGAAAUUGGUUGAUCCUUGUCCAUUCCUGUUUUUUGGAUCAGUAAGCAUUACAGGUUGCUUUUACUCCAUAUUUUUAAUUUGCUACUUUAGGGUAGAAUUAAUGUCUUUUGACUUUGCUACUUUAGGGCGACUCACUUGAUUCUUAAGAACAUAUCUGCAGAGCUCCAUGCUUUAUCGUUGAAGAAACAAAAGGUUAAUGAGGAGGAAUCGGAUUCAGAUUCGGAUUCGGAUGAUGGAGGAUCGAGCAAAUUCGGUGAAUUGGAACCUUUGUGGGAUGAGGUGUUGAAGCUGCCCAGUGAAGGCAUUACAAGAUAUGACCGUGACAACGUGUAUGAUGUUGUAAAUGAAAUGUAUACACCUAUUUUUCCUGGUGAUCGUGUUGGGGGAUAAAGCUUGCUGGCUCAAGUACCUCAAAGAGAUCAAUGAAAGUGAUGGAUUUGACAUUACCGACUUUCCUGGUUGUGGUCCACUGACUACCAUAUUCCCCAUGACACCCUCUAAAGAGACGAAGAAAUUUGCUGAACAGGCACUUGAGCUGUACAAUGAGGAUAAUGUAUGCGUACUCUACUCACAUUGCACUGAAUAUAAGGUCAAUGAGAUUCUCAAGGUUAAUGGAUGUUUCACCCAAUACUUCCAUUCCUAUAUUACCUUUACGGUUACUAAUGGCGAGCAUGAAUAUUUUCAAGCUGAAGUGCGGAAAGAUGUAGAUGGAUCUCUGGAGUGCGCAAUCAUUAGGCCAAGGGUAAUGAAACCUGCUUUACAUCCCUUUUUAUUUGCAGGAAUGGAUUGGAGAAGCUGCCGCUCAACUAAUCUCUAUCCCAUUAUGAAUGCUCAUUUUUGCUUUGUCAAGUUUAUCUAG